AUGAAAUUCCACAAUUCCUUAGAGGAUUACACCUCCUCUGUAUCCAACAGAAUAGCAAAACAAGAAGGCGAGAUGAGUAGCGGAAGAAUUGAGUUUCUUACCAUGCUGAGCAUGAAAGGGAAGAGGAAACUAAAAUAUCUUGUGUCCCUAGCAAGAACGUAUCAGCCUUACACUUUCUUUCAAGCUCGGUUUGACAACACCAACACAAGGAGUCUGAUACAGAAGUUGUCAAUGGAAGAGAGAAGAAUGUUUGGGUUCAAUGGCAGAGACAUUGACUGGGAGCACUACAUUGUCAACGUUCAUCUUCCAGGUCUCAAAAGAGAACUCUUUCGCCGAAGAUCCAGUUAUAAGAAUUCUAUAAAGACUGAUCAAGAUUUUAGUCCAGGAUGUGUAAUCACCUAA